CAAGUGUCACUCGCAGUGCAAAGGUAGAUCUCCUCCUCCUUCUUCACCAUCUUCCACCACCCACCACCCGCAUACAUACCCCCACAUCCACCCAAUCACCCACCCACCAUGUCGUCUGUAGGAACACUCUACUCCUGGCCAAACAACCCAAAGGCAGUGCGAAUCCUGGCCGCCGCUGCUUACAAUGGCGCAAAGGUUGACUUCCAGGAGGUCAAGCUGUCCGAGGGAGAGCACCAGAAGCCAGAGUUCCUCAAGAAGUUCCCUCACGGAAAGGUCCCCACCUUCACUUCUUCCGAGGGCCUGAACCUCAGCGAGGCAUCAGCCAUCGCUCGCUUCGUCGCCGGCAUCUCCAACAACGCCAACCUCCUCGGCUCGGACAACGCUACCUCUGCUCAGAUCGAGCAGUGGAUCUCCUUCAGUGACGAUGAGCUCCUCACCCCCGCCUUCCAGAUCGCCAGCCUCUGCACCGGCCGUAUCCCCUACAACAAGGUUACCGAGGACAGGCAAUGGACUGGUCUCAACAGGGCCUUCGCCACUCUCGAGACUCACAUCAAGAACCACACCUUCCUCGUCGGCCAUCAGGUCACCCUCGCCGAUCUUACCCUCGCCUCCGACAUCCUCUUCGUUCAGAACACCGUCGCUGGUGCCGACUUCCGCUCAAAGUACCCCAACGCUCAGCGAUACUUUGAGACUGUCAUCAACCAGGCUCCCGUCAAGAGCGUCUUCCCCGCUCUGAACCCCGUGCAGGACAACAUCAAGUUCACCCCACCCAAGAAGGAGGAGAAGCCCAAGGCUGCUGCCGCCCCCGCCGCUGCUGCUGCCCCCAAGGCUGCCAAGAAGCCCGCUGCUAAGAAGGACGACGACGAUGAGGAGGACGACAAGCCCGCCGAGCCCAAGUCUGCCCCUCACCCUUGCUCCACCCUUCCCCCUACCUCUUUCAACCUCGACGAGGCAAAGAGGCAGUACUCUAACCUCGACACCCCUGACUUCCUCAAGUGGUUCUACGAGAAGUACGACGCAGAGGGAUACAACAUUGUCAAGCUCGACUACAAGUACAAUGAUGAGCUCACACAGGUCUUCAUGAGCUCCAACCUGAUCACCGGUUUGAACUCGCGUCUGGAGGCAUCCCGAAAGUACUUCCUCGGAGCAGGAGCCGUAUUCGGUGCCAACAACGACUCGGUCAUUGCCCUGGCUCUGAUCCUCAGGGGAAAGAACCCAAUGGACGUGCUGGGCGUUGCACCCGACAUUGACUCUUACUCGGUCACCCCACUGGACAUUUCAAAGGCAGAGGACAAGAAGUUCUUUGAGGACGUCCUCUCGUGGGAGGGAGAGUACCAGGGAAAGAAGCUCGCAGAGGGAAAGUUCUUCAAGUAGAGUAGAAAAGCUUAGAAGAUGCAAGGAAGGGGCAGCUAGUGAGGGCGAAGUGAGAUAGUGCCUGGCCUGUCUGUUAAGCACGGUCCAUCGUCCCUCUGUCUCUUUUGUCUCUGUCUCUGUCUCCGUUUCUGUUUCGAAGAAUGUGAUCCUCUCUUUCUGACUCGCUCAUUCGCUCACUCAUUGCGUUCCUAUUCACAUCUCGUGUCUCAUCAAAGUUUCAUGUUUCCCAUGUCUCACAUUGUAUC